UUUGAAGAAAGGAAAAGGGGGAAAAAACACGCGCAAGGCAGCAGCCGACGGUGGAGUUGCUAUUGCUGGCCUUCGGGGGCGGGCGGAGCGGAGCCCGGGGCGGUGGUGGACCGUGGACUGGAUAUGGCGGCGCCUGGCAGGGACCGCGAGCCGGAGCCUCCGCCCCAAAAAGCGGGCACCACUUCUGACCAGAUCCUUAAAACAGGAACUCUUCUUCUCAAGGGCUUUAUCAGGGACCGAGCCCAGCGCUGCGGAGAUUCUGGUCAUAAUGAAGUGAUAGCUGAACUUGGAGGUUCAGAGUCCCAGCCUUGUGACCCCAGCACCAAGCGGCUGAGUGAAUGCCUGCGCCGGAUCGGGGAUGAGCUAGAUGGCAACAUGGAGUUACAGAGGAUGAUAGAGCAAGUACAGGCAUACCCUCCGAAGGAAGUAUUUUUCCGUGUGGCUGCAGACAUGUUUGCGGACGGGACCUUCAACUGGGGCCGGGUGGUGGCAUUGUUCUACUUUGCAUGCAAGUUGGUUCUGAAGGCGAUUUGCACUAAAGUACCAGAACUCAUAAGGACCAUCAUUAGCUGGACUAUGGAAUAUAUCCAAGAGCAUAUCAUGGCCUGGAUUCAAGCCCAGGGGGGAUGGGAUGGCCUGCUGUCCUACUUCGGCACUCCCACUUGGCAAACCAUUGCUGUGUUUGCUGCCGGCGUCUUGACUGCCUCCUUGACCUUCUGGAAAAUGUCUUAAUCUUCAGUACCCUCCAGUUGGGAAGGAGGGGCACACUUUUUCAUUGUGGGAACAAAGAGGGCGGGUACCCUCGACUUCCUAAUCAAAAGGAAAAAUGGGCUGUGAUUUUUUCCCCCCUUUGUUUUGGGCAGAUGAGCUUUUUUAUAUAUUCUAUCUUGGUGCCUUUUUUAAAAAGCGCACACCUUUUUCAAGGAACGUGUACUUUAUGGUAUUGCUUUUCCCUGUCUGUGCCUCCUGGGUAUUAUAGAUCACUGGCCAUGGAGGUUGCUAAUUGCAGCUUUUGAAGGAUUGGGGGGGUUGUGUAAAAUGAAGGAUUGUGGGUAGCUUUUGGUUGGCCAGCUGGCCACACUGCUGAAUCUAUGCGGUUUUCUGCAACAAGACAACAGGAUAUUUUGUCUUCUUCAAAUGAGAGGAUUCCAGCGGAUCUGCGCAGGCCAGCCCUGUUGAGGAUGGCAAAUCUUAAGAGGCUGGAUUUGGACAAGCCUCUGGAUAGGCAGAUUCAAAACUUGCUGGCUGAACUACCAAAUUCUCUCCCUACAGAACUUGAAAUGCAAUCCAAGGAGGUGAAAAUUUGGACCUCAGGCAUUAAUUACAAAAAAAAAAAGUUAUCUAGACAUGGUUCUUGAGAUGAAUUUAAGCAGAUUUGGAAGUGAUUCCUCCCAGUAGCGGUUCUGUCUGCUUUUCUAAAGAGCUGCGUGGUGGUGGUCAGAGAGAGACAGUUGUACUUCAGUGGAUCUGUGGGAAGACAAAAUGGGAGAGUUGUGCCAUGUCAAGCAGUUGCUCUCUGGAUGGCAUGCAAGAGGUUAUGUGCGCUUGGCAAGAGGACCUGCAUAACUUGAGGGACCCUCAGCCGCAAGAGGGAUUCAUCUGCUUAGUUCGGCCCUGAUGGAAAAGAUACUUCCGACUGCUGGAGAACGAUGGCUUAGGAAAAAAGAAGCAAGGAAGGCGGGCCUAGCAGGCUUCCAUCUCGUUCUGCAAAAAUUCCUCAUUUUGCUGCCACCCUCCUCCAUUCCUUUUCUUCUCUGGAUUAAUUGCCCUCUAGGUGUUGCUUAAGCCUGUCAGCUCAGAAAACAGAAAAAGCACCAAGCUCUUCUUUCAGUGUAGCUUUCACCUACCAUGCCCCAAAUACGCAAUCUCUAAUUGUGGCUGUGAUGCAGGAGGUCAGAGAAUUUGGUAUUCUUUUAUGAGGCUUCUUUUCUUUUUCCUUCUCUUUCCCCAAGGUACUGCUCCUGCACAUCUGGUUGGAUACAAAUCUCAGCAUCUGGAACUAUGCCCCCCACUAUGUUGCCAUUCAGAUAUUAGUAGUGUACAAUUUUGAACUGUGUGGAAUUCACUUUCACACCAACUGGUACUUGAAAAUUAUUUUUACUGUAAGGAAGUAGGGUUCAUAUCAUUGCCUAAAGUCUCCUGUAACCUUUCUUGAUAGGGGGGGGGGAAGCCAUUUAGGCCUACUAAGUCCGUCUCUUCUGUCUUCCUUGUGAUUGUCCAUGCAUUUUUUUCUGAAAGGGACAGGGAGGCACAAGUAAAGUAACUACCGCCUGGUUCACUCAGGCAGGAGAAUGAGGUGGAAGAAAGAUGAGGUAGAUUGUACCACUUCAGACUGCUGGGGGAGAAUUCCAGCUUUGAAUGUUCCUUUAAGUUUAAAAAAAAAAGCCAUACGAAUAGAAAACUAGCACAGAAGAGAAGCAUGUUCCACCCACUCUCCUUGCUGUGUUGGUUUUCUGUUUGCAGUGGGGAGGCAGUAUUUUAAAACAGAGGAUCACCUUUUUGGACCAUUCCCCCCUCUUGGAGCAGUCCAUUCUCUCAUUUCGUUCCUGCCAUAUUCUCCUGCACGUGUGAACCAGACCUCAAGAAAGCCGUUGUUGCUGAGUCAUGGGUAGCGGCGGCUGUGGGAGCACAAUGGCGGUUGCAGAUUGAGAUGGUUUGGCAGACCCCCAACAUGUCGUCGGCACUACGAAACCAUCCUGUAGAAAUGCUAGGGCUGGCCGUAUAUAUUCCGCCACCCCACCCUCAGUGUGUGUGGCUGUUUUGGCUUGGCAGUGUAACUUAUCCAGCCUCCAUAUAAGUAAGUAGUGGAUGGUUCUUGGAAAUCAUCUGGGGAGAUCAGGUAAUUGUUGCAGCGGUUGCGGGGAAGAGGAAUAAGCAAUGAGUAGGGAAAGGGGGUGUUUAGAAAAGGACUUCUAAGAUCGCCCAGAUUUGGAUAAUUGUCUUCCUUUCCCCAUUCUUAAAGACUUGCAGCACUCAUCUUCCUCCUUGCUGGACAUUGCACAGUUGUAUACAAUCAUCCCCCUGUGGUGUCCAAUAUUUUUUUUGCAAGACCAAUUGGGACAGGGUUCAGCACCUGAAAUCCCCUGCCUGUCCCUUAUGGCUGUUAAUGGUGCAUCUGUUCAUCCAAGGCAAACUAAUUCGGCCAGCUGUUGAGAAUGUAGGGAGGUUAAAGAGUAGGUGGGAGCAAAGAUUGGGGGGGGGCGCGAAAGAAAUUGAGUAGCUUGGGGAGAAUAAAUUGUACUUGAAUAAUUAUAGA